CGUACGAGCCGGUGUCAUAUGAAAAUCGGACUCGUAUGGAAAUCGGACUCUUUUAAAUUGGAUAAACCCUCUCACGUGACAGGUCCCUCUACAAUUAUCCAUGAAUGAGCAUGCGCAAUACCACCAAUGAGUCCGUAUUUCAUAAAACCUAAAUUCAUGCUACACCGGCAAAUGAGAGCUCGAAGAGAUGGUCCUGUGCGAAACUCUGUGGUCCUGAACGAAAUUCUGUGAAUCUUAUCGAUGACAGCUGAAAUUUAUUUUGGACGUUGCACUAUUGGAAGGAGAUUCAUUGUACAUGUAGUAGGUCUAAUUACUGAAGUCCUGUCUGCAAUCUGAACAUUUUGAAUCUAUGAAGGAGGGGGACUACAGCAGGAUAACAUCCAGCCCAUGUGAUGAUGCUUUCAUAGCCUGCAGCAUUCUGUGAAGACGGAUGGUUGCAGAAUUUGCUACAAUUCUACAAGAUUAAUGCUAAAGUCUUGUCUGACUAAAGAAAUAUAUGUAUACCAAACAUGGUGAAUUCCAGGAAGAAACCGUUUAUUUGUGAGACCUGUGGUAAAGCCUUUACACACCAAGGUUAUUUACGCGUACAUGAAAAGGUGCACACUGGCGAGAAACCAUUUGUUUGUGAGACCUUUGGUAAAGACUUUACCAGGAAAGAUCUUCUGAGCAAGCAUGACAAGGUGCACACUGGUGAAAAACUGUUUGUUUGUGAGACCUGUGGUAAAGCCUUUACUAGGAAAAGUAUCCUGAACAAUCAUUACAGGGUGCACACUGGUGAAAAACCAUUUGUUUGUGAAACCUGUGGUAAAGCUUUUACAAGUCGUGGUUAUCUACGCAAACAUGACAAGGUGCACACUGGUGAAAAACUGUUUGUUUGUGAGACCUGUGGUAAAGCCUUUUCUAGGAAAGAGAUUCUGUGCAGUCAUUACAGGGUGCACACUGGUGAGAAACCAUUUGUUUGUGAAACCUGUGGUAAAGCAUUUUCUGAGAAAUGCAGUCUACGCAGACAUGACAGGGUUCACACUGGUGUGAAACCCUUUGUUUGUGAGACCUGCGGUGAAGCAUUUACACAGAAAGGCAAUUUACGCAAGCAUGCAAGGGUGCACACUGGCGAGACAUCAUUCGUUUAUGAGUUCUGUGAUGAAGUCUUUACACUGAAAUUUAGUGAAUGCAAACACGACAGGGUGCACACUGUUGAGAAACCAUUUGUUUGUGAAACCUGUGGUAAAGCUUUUACUAGUCAUGGUUACCUACGCCAACAUGACAGGGUGCACACUGGCGAGAAACCAUUUGUAUGUGAGACCUGUGGAAAAGCUUUUACUAGUCAUGAUUAUCUACGCCAACAUGACAGGGUGCACACUGGCGAGAAACCAUUUGUUUGUGAGACCUGUGGUAAAGCAUUUGCACAGAAAGGCAGUUUACGCCAACAUGACAGGGUGCACACUGGUGAGAAACCAUUUGUUUGUGAAACUUGUGGUAAAGCUUUUACAUGUCAUAGUUAUCUACGCAUACAUGACAGGGUGCACACUGGUGAGAAACCAUUUGUUUGUAAGACCUGUGGUAAAGCAUUUAUUGGGAAAGGCAGUCUACGCAGACAUGACAGGGUGCACAGUGGUAGUGAGAAACCAUUUGUUUGUUAGACCUGUGGUGAAGCAUUUACACUGAAAUGUAGUCUACGCAAACAUGACAGGGUGCACACAGGUGAGAAACCAUU